AGGAUGCUUGGGCACUGGACAGAGCAGGCUUCCAGAUGAUCUUGAUAGCUGGAUUAUGAGUGAGGGCCUGAUGCUCCCUCUGCCCUCCAUUGCUCCACCCCCUACUUAGGUCAAUAUUUAUGUGUCCUGGACCUAGAGAGGCCCCUGGACUCACCACUGUCCCGGCUCUACUCUCCCUGUCCCGCCUUCCCCGCCGCCCGCCCCACUGGCCAGUCCCCACGCCCACACACCCGAGGCUGCCUCAUCUGGCACUGAUUAUCCUGCUGCUGCUGCCGCCGCUGCUAAACUCAGCUGCUGCCUCUGUCUCAAGGACCCCAGCGCCUCUCCCCCCAGCCAUGCUGCCUGCUGCCACAGCCUCCCUCUUGGGGCCCCUCCUCACUGCCUGGGCUCUGCUGCCUUUCGCCCAGGGCCAGACCCCAAACUACACCAGACCCGUGUUCCUGUGCGGAGGGGAUGUGACUGGGGAGUCAGGUUAUGUGGCAAGUGAGGGUUUCCCCAACCUCUACCCCCCCAAUAAGGAGUGCAUCUGGACAAUAACGGUCCCUGAGGGCCAGACUGUAUCCCUCUCCUUCCGAGUCUUUGACCUGGAGCUGCACCCCGCCUGCCGUUACGAUGCUCUGGAGGUCUUUGCCGGGUCUGGAACCUCGGGCCAGCGGCUCGGUCGCUUCUGCGGGACCUUCCGGCCAGCGCCCUUAGUCGCCCCCGGCAACCAGGUGACCCUGAGGAUGACGGCGGACGAGGGCACGGGAGGACGCGGCUUCCUGCUCUGGUACAGCGGGCGGGCCACCUCGGGCACUGGCCCCCGCCCAGGCGCGAGGCGGAAAUGGGUCACCGACCCGCGGGUGGAAUGGGCGGCCUGGGGUUACUGGGACGAGCACCAGUUUUGCGGGGGGCGGCUGGAGAAGGCCCAGGGAACCCUGACCACGCCCAACUGGCCCGAGUCCGAUUACCCCCCGGGCAUCAGCUGUUCCUGGCACAUCAUCGCGCCCCCGGACCAGGUGAUCUCGCUGACCUUCGGGAAGUUUGACCUGGAGAGCGACACCUACUGCCGCUACGACUCGGUCAGCGUGUUCAACGGAGCCGUGAGCGACGACGCCAAGAGGCUGGGGAAGUUCUGCGGCGACACAGCCCCGGGUCCCAUCUCCUCCGAAGGGAACGAGCUCCUCGUCCAGUUCGUCUCGGACCUCAGCGUCACGGCCGACGGCUUCUCGGCCUCCUACAGGACCCUGCCACGGGGCGCCGCCAAAGAAGGGCCGGCCCAGAGUCCAGGGGAGGACGCCCGGCCGGGUCCUGCGCUCCUCAGCCCCGGCCCCAAGCCCGGAGCCGGCCCCAAAGUCAAGCCCAAACUCCCACCUGCAGAGAAACCAAAGGCCUCGCCUGAGGCCAAGGCAACUCCGGUGGGCCCCGAUGCACCAGGCAUCCCCUGCCCAAAGCAGUGCCGGCGGACAGGCACCUUGCAGAGCAACUUCUGUGCCAGCAACCUGGUGGUGACUGCAACAGUGAAGUCCAUGGUUCGGGGCCCAGGGGAGGGCCUCACUGUCACUGUCAGUCUCAUUGGUGCUUAUAAAACUGGAGGCCUGGACCUGCCCUCUCCGCCCACCGACACCCUCCUGAAGUUUUAUGUGCCCUGCAAGCAGUGCCCCCCCAUGAAGAAAGGAGCCAGUUAUCUGCUGAUGGGCCAGGUGGAGGAGAACAGAGGUCCCGUCCUUCCUCCAGAGAGCUUCGUGGUUCUUUACCGGCCCACCCAGGACCAGAUCCUCAUCAACCUCAGCAAGAGGUGCCCCUCCUAGCCUGUUCAGCCUGCUGGGUCCCAGGCCUGACACCCCAGCCAUCCUCCAAGCCCCUGACCCUAGGGACCUCUUUCCUAUCGAAAUAAAUGUUUCUUGACUGAGGAA